AUGUCUUCCAACGACUUUGGUACCGCAAACUUCAACUCUUCCAACGUCGACCUCGCAACAGCCGACCCCCGCGAUGUCAUCUGCGCCAUCGCCGCCUCCGCCAACGAAUACAACGGCCAGCUCGGCGCCCGCAUAUCAGCCCUCUUCGUCAUCAUGGCCGUUUCCACAUGCGCCACCUUCUUCCCCGUCAUCGCCAAAAGAGUCCCACGACUCCACGUACCCCUCUACGUCUACCUCUUCGCCCGCUACUUCGGCGCCGGCGUCAUCGUCGCCACGGCCUUUAUCCAUCUCUUGGACCCGGCAUACGGCGAGAUAGGGCCCAAUACCUGUGUGGGUAUGACGGGAGGUUGGGCGCAGUACUCGUGGUGUCCCGCCAUCGUCCUCACCUCUGUCAUGAUGAUCUUUCUACUGGACUUUGGAGCCGAGCGCUACGUGGAGAUCAAAUACAACGUGCGCACGGAGCAGGACAUCCAAGCCGCCGUCACGGGCGUCGAAGAUGGUCCUCAUGGCAUACCCACAACGGACACGUCUCCAGCGAAAAACGAUUACGAAAAAGGUUUCUCCGAGGAAAUCGAAUUCGGCGACACCGAAGCCGGCCGCCUCGCAUUCAAGCAGCAGAUCGCCGCCUUCCUGAUCCUCGAAUUCGGCGUCAUAUUCCACUCCGUGAUCAUCGGGCUGAACCUCGGCGUCGUCGGCUCCGAAUUCAGCACCCUCUACGCCGUCCUCGUCUUCCAUCAAUCCUUCGAAGGUCUCGGCAUCGGUGCGCGCAUGUCCGCCAUCCCCUUCAAACCUGGAGCCUGGCUUCCGUGGAUCCUGUGCUCCGCGUACGGCUUGACGACGCCCAUCGCCAUCGCCAUCGGACUCGGGCUACGCACGACGUACAAUCCGAAUUCCUUCACGGCCAACGUUGUCAGUGGCGUGCUGGAUUCGAUGAGCGCGGGGAUUCUGAUCUACACGGGGCUCGUGGAGUUGUUGGCGAGGGAUUUCCUGUUCAACCCGUUGCGGACGAGAGAUGGCAAGAGGUUGGCAUUUAUGAUGGCGACGACGUUCCUGGGAGCGGGCAUCAUGGCCCUGCUCGGGAAAUGGGCUUGA